GAUCGACGUUGUUCAUUUGUCAACUUGUCACUCCCAACACAGUUUCCCAUUUUCGGGUAGGUUCAGUUGUGACCGAUUCGGGUGGAUUGUACCCAAAUUUGGGUAGUUUUGAAAUAGCGUGUAGGCCUACGCCUUUUUUAAUCUAUAUACACGGCCAAUGAAAUCAAACCAAAUUUGAAUUCAGUUUACUCAUAAAUCGCAAAAAGUGCAGGAAACCACCGAUGAGUAAAUUUGCCUCUUGUUUUUUCUUGGUUUUUCCAGGAAAAAAAAAAUCCCGAAUGUAAGAAAAUUAAGAUUGGAUUCUCUCAUGGUGGUAAGCUCCAACCGGUAUUAUCCUUGGAUUAAAUCCUCAUCAAGAACGUCUGGCUGAUUUUAUGUUGACAUCAGGUUUAGUCAACACGACUCUAAGCAAACAUUUUGCGGGUCAUCCAAACAGGAACGGUAUUAAAAGUUAAUCCGAGUUGGAGCUCACCGCCGUCAGUCUAUUGGUACUACUCCAAAAACUGAGUAUUUUUUGUCAAUUUUUGAGGUUUUCCAUAGGAGGAAAAUCUACUCAUCGCUGAGCUCCUGCACUUUUUGCGAUUUAUGAGUAAAUUGAACUUAAAUUUGGGAUGAUCUCAUUGAUCGUAUGGAGGUCACAUUGCGAAAUCGAAAAUGACGCAUGUAACAAAAAUGGAGAAGUUUUCAAACGCCAAAUGUCAACCAAAUAGCGCCACGCCGGUGAUCCGUCCAGUCCACUGGGCGGUCAGUGGGCGCGCUGCUGGCGACUUGCCAGCUGUAUGUGCGAUAUUUGUGUUUUUCAACCAGUUCACAUUCUUUCUCAGUCGAGCGUUGGGCCAAGGUGGUUCAGUUUUUUUUCGCUCUGUUAAAAUUAAUACAGUUAAAAUAUACACAGCAAAAAAAAUAUAAUAUCGAUCAAUGUAAUUCAAGCUGAUGUAUGAAAUAAUGAGUGCUCAAUUUCAAAGUGCUUCAAGCAGCCGCCGUUCACAGCCACGUCACCAUCAUUAGCUCAUCAAAAUCGUCGUUGUGCGCCGAGAUAAGGGUAGGUAGCAGUUUGUGUUUUUUUGUGUUUGUUCUUCUUUUAUUUUACGUGGGGCUACGCCUUUUUUAACUUUACAAACGGUCAAUGAUAUCAACCAAAAUUUGAAUUCAGGUUACUCAUAAAUCGCAAAAAGUGCAGGAGCUCAGCAACGAGUAAAUUUGCCUCUAGUUUUUUCCAGGUUUUUCUAGGAAAAAAAUCCCGUAUAUGAGAAAAGUAAGAUUGGAUUCUCUCAGUUUAUCGGUACUGGGUAAAAUUUUCGUCAAUUUUCCUCAUUUUCCGGCGAAAUUUUGAGGUUUUCCAUAGGAGGAAAAUCUACUCAUCGCUGAGCUCCUGCACUUUUUGCGAUUUAUGAGUAAAUUGAACUUAAAUUUGGGAUGAUCUCAUUGAUCGUAUGGAGGUCACAUUGCGAAAUCGAAAAUGACGCAUGUAACAAAAAUGGAGAAGUUUUCAAACGCCAAAUGUCAACCAAAUAGCGCCACGCCGGUGAUCCGUCCAGUCCACUGGGCGGUCAGUGGGCGCGCUGCUGGCGACUUGCCAGCUGUAUGUGCGAUAUUUGUGUUUUUCAACCAGUUCACAUUCUUUCUCAGUCGAGCGUUGGGCCAAGGUGGUUCAGUUUUUUUUCGCUCUGUUAAAAUUAAUACAGUUAAAAUAUACACAGCAAAAAAAAUAUAAUAUCGAUCAAUGUAAUUCAAGCUGAUGUAUGAAAUAAUGAGUGCUCAAUUUCAAAGUGCUUCAAGCAGCCGCCGUUCACAGCCACGUCACCAUCAUUAGCUCAUCAAAAUCGUCGUUGUGCGCCGAGAUAAGGUGCUCAAUUUCAAAGUGCUUCAAGCAGCCGCCGUUCACAGCCACGUCACCAUCAUUAGCUCAUCAAAAUCGUCGUUGUGCGCCGAGAUAAGGGGAAAAUAAUGGAGCCCACCAAGGAAACAGUUGUCAGUCACCGCUAUGCAUGGGGUGGCAAUACUGGCAAUCAUGGCAACAAAUACGAAGAAGAUUUAGCAUUUGCGCUGUUUGAGCGAGCAUCUUUGCAGAAAUCUGAAUUCAAACUGGCCUCAGAAAUGAAGGACGCUGGAAAAUUCGAUGAUGUGGUCAUAAUUUUCGAAGAACCGAAGGAAGUGUGGUUGUUCCAAGCCAAACACAAAGACAACUCAGAUGGUACAAACAAAAUAUCGUUCGACAAUUUGUUUCCGAAGACGUGUAAAGGUAAUAAUGAUUUUGCUAUUAUCAAGUACAUACAGUCGUAUUUAGACGUUAUUCAAAAAGAUGAGUUCAAGAAGUUGGAGAUGCGAUUUUUUAUCUUAACCAAUAAAUCAUUAGACGAUAGUAAUAGUCAGCUUAAAGAGUUGGUGGACAUCGAGGACUGUGAACAAGGUGAAGUGAACCCAAUAAUGAAGUUUGCUGAAUCGAACGAUUGCUACAAAAGAUUCAGACCAAAAAAGGAUAAAAUUGAAGAUUUACUGAAGUUGAUGAACACCGAACUAAAUGCCAUUAAGGAUGCGAUCAUUGAACUCUUCGAAAAAGGAAAUGUUUCGGACAUACUAAUCAGCUACAAAACACCGUUGCAGAAGAUCCUGGAAGUUUCAGAUAAAAAAUAUCUAAAGCUCUCCAAGGACCGUCUCACCCAUGAAUGGUUGCAUAAUGAGCUACUAAAGGAUAUUGAUGAGAAAUUAAUAGCAGAAAAUCCAGCGAUUAAAAAUUUUAUGAAUGGUAAAUCUAGGAACACCCAACUACCAACGUAUUUAAAUGAAGAAAGCGUGAACGAGUUCUUUCAGCAUCUAACUUUCUGUGUAAACCAACCAAGUGAUCUUAUACAAACCAUCGAGAAUGAUCUUCGCUCAUGGAUGAGAGAUUGGAUUCCACCGGACGAUCUUGGAAAAGCACAAUUAAAACUGCCUUUCUUUAAAUUUAAUGAAUGUUUUAAAAAUUGGAUCAAUUCUAAUAGUUACAAGGAUACAAAAAACAAUAAGCCAGAAAAGAGUUACUUAUCUUAUAAAGAGGGACGUUCUUGUGUCGAAGAAAUAACGAGGGAACUGAGUCGUAAUCUAUCACAACGUAAAUAUAUUGGAAGCUCAUACAUAGAAAGAAAAUUAAUUGAUAAAAAUCGUAUUGUUAGCGACCAUGAUUUCAUCAAACGAUUAAUAGUCAACCCAGCAGAAAACAAAUUUUCUCUCUUCAUCGGAGAGCCUGGUAUGGGAAAAACAACUAUCCUCCAACACAUUGCCUUCGAAGUUCAAAAGAAGUCCGAUAUUGAUGUGUUCUUGAUAUAUUUGAAUAACUUAAAGGAAGUGCUCAAAUCAGGCUGUGAAAAUUUAGAAGCGGUUUUCGAAAUUUCAGAAAUAAGCCGGAAAAUAUUGAGAAACAAUCUAGAAAGCAACGCAAAUCGAACUAUAAUCCUGUUUGAUGGGUUCGAUGAGAUCACUUUUCAUAACGAGGCAAUCGCCGUAUUUAGGCAAUUAUUGUCAAAGGAGAAUAUUCGAGUGAUUGUAAGUGGUAGAUAUCAUGUCAAAGAUAUUCUUGAAAAAGAAUUUAAAUCAGGGGCAAUCAGAUUGAUUCCAUUUGAAAACGAUGAACAAAUUAUGGUUUUGAAAAAUUCAUGGAAAGCUUCCGAUGAUUCAGAGGAAUUUGAAAUUUAUUCAACUCAAUUGCUCGAAAAAUUCUACUCGGACAUAAAAAGCUAUCAAUCUGAAUUCUUUGGUAUUCCACUUUUAAUUCGAUUGUUGGCGGAAGUAUAUUCUGAUGAUUUCCAACAAUAUUUAAAAACUGUUCCGGAUAAACGUGCACCAGAUAUUUUCCCGAAAGAAAAAUUUAAUGUUGUCUCAUUGUUUAAAAAGUUUGUAGAAUUUUCGUUUCAAAUCAAAUGGAAGAAGAAAAGAGACCAAGAUGCUUACCGAAAUAUCGACAUGUCAAGUGAUGACGAAGAGCGCCGGCAGUUCAAAUACUUUAAUAUUGAGCAUCAAAUUGCUGCUUGGCACGAGAUUUUUGUGGAUAAACAUAAGAAAAUAAUCGCAUCGGGUGAAUAUGAAACACUUUACGAAGAACUCCAAACCCGAAUCAAACAGGGAAACGAGCACUCUCCUCUAUUUAAUAUUUCCAAAGGCGAGCUUAGAUUCGUACACCGAUCCUAUGCCGAAUUUUUCGUUGCAACGUAUAUAUAUGGUCAUAUCCAAAAAUGCAAAGCAAUUUUGUACGAAACACUUUAUAAUCAUGAAACAGUUCGAAGAUUUUUCUUUAUGCUAACUGAAGAACAGUUUUCAAAACAAUCAGAGCAAAUGAUUGCUCUGAGCAAUAUUUGUAAAAAAAAACCUGAAGUUGCAUUCUGGGCAUGUGAAACAAAUGUUGUAAAAGUAGUAAAGAGGCUACUACAAAAGAAUGCUUACAAAACUAAAACACUCAAAAAAUAUGGAUCGUUAUUGCACACUGCGACGCGUGCUGGUCAUUAUGAGAUGGUUUUACUUCUACUUGAUUAUGGCAUGGAUGCGAAUUUGAUGGCCGUGGUUAAAGCAUUUGAGUAUAGUGAAGGCUUCAAUAAAAGUCCGCUGCACGAGGCUAGUGAGAUGGGUCAUCUAGAAAUUGCUAAACUUCUCCUCGAUCGAUCUGCCAAGGUGGAUCUUCAGGAUGAAGAUAAUAAAACACCUCUCCACUAUGCAAGUGAAAUGGGUCAUCUAGAAAUUGUUAAACUUCUCAUCGAUCGAUCUGCCAAGGUGGAUCUUCAGGAUGAAGAUAAUAAAACACCUCUCCACUAUGCAAGUGAAAGUGGGCAUCUAGAAAUUGUUAAACUUCUCCUCGAUCGAUCUGCCAAGGUGGAUCUUCAGGAUGAAGAUAAUAAAACACCUCUCCACUAUGCAAGUGAAAGUGGGCAUCUAGAAAUUGUUAAACUUCUCCUCGAUCGAUCUGCCAAGGUGGAUCUUCAGGAUGAAGAUAAUAAAACACCUCUCCACUAUGCAAGUGAAAGUGGGCAUCUAGAAAUUGUUAAACUUCUCCUCGAUCGAUCUGCCAAGGUGGAUCUUCGGGAUAGAUUUAAUAGAACACCUCUCCACUAUGCAACUGAAAGGGAGCAUCUAGAAAUUGUUAAACUUCUCCUCGAGCGAUCUGCCACGGUGGAUCUUCAGGAUGAAUUUGAUGAUAAAACACCUCUCCACUAUGCAAGUGAAAGUGGGCAUCUAGAAAUUUUUAAACUUCUCCUCGAUCGAUCUGCCAAGGUGGAUCUUCAGGAUGAAUUUAAUAGAACACCUCUCCACUAUGCAACUGAAAGGGAGCAUCUAGAAAUUGUUAAACUUCUCCUCGAGCGAUCUGCCACGGUGGAUCUUCAGGAUGAAUUUGAUGAUAAAACACCUCUCCACUAUGCAAGUGAAAGUGGGCAUCUAGAAAUUUUUAAACUUCUCCUCGAUCGAUCUGCCAAGGUGGAUUUUCCGGAUAUGUUUAAUAAAACACCUCUCCACUAUGCAAGUGAAAGGAAGCAUCUAGAAAUUGUUAAACUUCUUCUCGAGCGAUCUGCCAACGUGGAUCUUCAGGAUGACUUUGAUAAUAAAACACCUCUCCACUAUGCAAGUGAAAGUGGGCAUCUAGAAAUUUUUAAACUUCUCCUCGAUCGAUCUGCCAAGGUGGAUUUUCCGGAUAUGUUUAAUAAAACACCUCUCCACUAUGCAAGUAAAAAUGGGCAUCUAGAAAUUGUUAAACUUCUCCUCGAUCGAUCUGCCAAGGCGGAUCUUCGGGAUAAAUAUAAUAAUACACCUCUCUACUAUGCAAGUCAAAUGGGGCAUCUAGAAAUUGUUAAACUUUAUCAGAAUGACGAAUAAAGAAAACCUCUCAACUGUGAAAGUGGCUGUUGGUCGCCACAAUAUAUUCAAAGUAAAUAACGAUGGUAUUGAACGGGAGCAUUUAGAAAUAGCAAAACUUCUCCCCAAUCAACUUCCAAAAUAGAUGCACAAGAUUCAUCCGGAUCGACACCCCUUCACUACGCAGCUCAAGACAACGCCAAUAAUCUCUUGAGUAUAAAAAACCGUAUAAAAUUCGCAUAAAACCGUGAAAAGUUUUUCUGUUCGCACGAAUUUAAAAUUCAAUUUCAUGGUGAUUCGAUAAAGAAGUUCAAAAAUGGCUGUAUUGUAAGGGCAUGCGGUAUAUCGAGUUAUACCGUGUAUUUCGCUUCGAAUCGGAAUUUAACGGAAUUUUUGUUUUCAUGUUUCGUUUCGUUUAAAUCAGAAAAUUUCUAGUUCAUAAAUUUCCAUGUUAUAGGAAUUUCGUUUGAAUACAGUUAAAUAAAAGAAAAACAAAUUGAUCAAACUCAUAUUUCACCUUUUAAAAAUAACCAACGAACAAACAACACUAGUCACGAACCUAUCCAAGAAAAACGACCUUUAGAGGUCUUCAGGGCCUGAUUAGACUACCGCAUGAGUAGGAUCCACACGUACUCUCAGCCCGUCAACGAGAAGCAUUCGCGAGGUAUCUUGAAAGCUCUAAUCAAUACCCACAUUCAGCUCAGCUCGCCAACGAGAAGCAUUCGGAAGGUUCUCGGAAGCUCGGAAGGUUCUCUCGGUAGACGAGUUUUGGAGCAGACAGAAGCCACUCCCAACCAGCCAACAACAAGCAUGCCUUUCAAAAAGUGGAGUCCAUUCACUACCCUUGCUCUGUUAUAACUGGAAUAACUGCACAUCGAAAUAUCCAAUUUGAAACUAAUCCAAUAUUUUCAUUGAACUAAAAUUUAAACUGUAUGCAAAAGCUGCCGCCAGGCAGGCAAAUUCUAAAAUACUUUGCUAUAUAUACGGAUGAAGAGAAAAAUGGUGGGGUUGUGGAAGAGAACGAAAUUACAUUUUUCCGCUCGGAUACGCUCUCAACAUCACGCGUGAUAUUGGAACAAAAUAUCAUGCUUGAUAAUGAUUUCACAAGCUCCUUUACAACGUGCAAAAAAUCAAGCUGAAAGUUGACUCGACACUAAAAUGAUGCCGUUGCACAUCGUUUUCUUAGAAAGAGAAAGUAUAGUUUGCUAUCUCUUUUCACUCUUCACCGACGUUAUGGAAGCUUCGGUUGCGUUCGGGUGUAAAGCAAUAAUCAUGAAACUCAAUCUCUUCACAGAUUUACAGCUGGUGAGUUUUGUUAGCUUCACGGCGAAUGAGAACGACCUUCAUUUGAGUUUAGUUCACUCAUAAUCGCCAAAAGUGCAGGAACUCAGCGAUGAGUAAAUUUGUCUCAUGGUUUCCUGUGGAAAACCUAAAAAAUCCGUCGGAAAAUGAGGAAAUUGACGAAAAUUUUAUUCAGUCACGAAAUAGUACCAAUAGACUGAGUGAAUCCAAUCUUUACUUUUCUCAAAUUCGGGAAUUUUUCCCUUAAAAAUCCUGGAAAAACCUGGGAAAACAUGAGACAAAUUUUACUCAUCGCUGAGUUCCUGCACUUUUGGCAAUUAUGAGUUGACUAAACUCAAAUGUAGGUCGUUCUCAUUCGUCGUGUUGAUAUUCCGAGCGUGCAAAAUCAACCGCAGAUGUUUGCUUGUUGAUUUUAGUCUACGAAAAUCAAGCGUAAUCUUGGGCAUUGGUGAUUUUUUUUUCAUUUUCUCAACACUGGCUCCGUGCAUCACUAGCACCUUGAGGUUUUGCAAUACCUCUGAAAUCCAUGCUAUCGCCACUCACCCAUUUUGUUCAAAGCGUUAUUUAUGUGACCCGGUGAUGAUUCAUCAGAUACAACUAUGUAAUACCCACGUACAAAAUUUGGACACGAGCGAUUCGUUCAUUUCACCGAUAAAUCUAAUGUUCUAAAACUAGAUUAAAAUAUCAUUCAUCAUAACAAACAGUUCCGGGCCGAAUAGUAAAAGAAAAUAACGAUUUUGCGUCACCUAAAAUCACGUCCGAUUGAGUCCAAAUAUCGCACAGCGUCUUUUUUUUUCGAGGUAAUAAACAUUUCCCCUACACAUUCAUUGGCACCCUAAUGAAGAUAUACAUUUUUACGCCCAUGUAGUCAUUAGGGUGAAUUUUGAAACGUGAAAGAUUGAAAUUAUUUUUUCUUGGAAAUGUAACUUUGUGAUUUUUUCAGGACCUUUAUCUGAGAAUGGAUAUUGAAUUUUAAAAUUGUGAAUGUUUCGCAAUUUGUCAAAAAUAUCAAAAUUCUAAUCUGUUUUUAGAUCUCACCCUAAUAAUUAUAAAUUAGAAUUCUAAACUAAAUUCUGAUUUCACGAUCACAGGCUAGGAUAUUUUCCUAAAUUUGAGUACUCAGAAAAAUUUUAUGAUCAAGAGCGUAGACAAUAUUUGAAGAACUGGGACUAGGAAUAAGCGGGACAAAAUACAAACGACACCUAAAGAAUGCACAUCUUGCACUUAAAAUGUCCAAAAAACCUUGGUCAGGAGUAAUUAGCUUUGAAAAUGAGCACUAGACAAGUGGAUAGUAGUAAUAGAAAAUAUAUGUUUCACUGGCAAAACUGCGAAAAUAAGCAACAGUAAAAUGAAAAGUUGCAACAGAAAAUUCAAAAAUAGCAAAGAUCCAAAAAACAUGAAUGAUCCAUGAAUAGUUGAUGAAUUUCCAAUUAAAACUCUAGCAGUAGCAAUGAAAAACUAAAAAAUAAGCAUCAAAAAAAUUAAAAAUUGUGCAAUGGAACACCUUCAAAAUUUUCCAAUAAAAAAGUCAAUUUUUUUACAUGUGUUUUUAAAUUUAUUAUUGGUCGCUUUUUAAUGUUAAAGUGCUGCGAUGCCUCUCGACGGUUAAUGUCCUCAGAAUUAGAGAUGGCUGAUAUUUACUCGAUUUAUGGAGCGCACAGCGAACGAUUAGUAAGUAUUCGACUAAUUUUUAAGCUAACAUAAGAUCAGCCGGGUUUUUGUGAAGGUAGAAUUAUGAUCGCGAGCAUCAAAGAUAAAAAUAAAAUCAGAACGUGUCAUCAAUCUGCAGGAGAGAAGUUGAUUAAACAACAUUACAAUCAGAAAAGAUUUCGUUUGUUCCGAAAGAAAAUCCAUAAAUUCUAUUUCAGCAGACUGGGAAGGCCCAAACUGGGUUAUUCAUGGGCAUAGCAGGGGUCGAGUGAAUGCACUCAUUUUCACAUUCUUGUAAUUUUACGAACUUAAAAGUUUAUCAAAUUCCCGGUAACUUAUGCGUUUAACACUCCGAACACGAUGCCUUCGAAAGCCACAAGUGUGCAUUGACACAGCUUAGCCAUUUCUAGAUGAAUCCCAAAAAAAUGUGGUUCCACUAGAUCUCCUAGGAUUUGAAGGUAAUUUUGAUUGCAAAAUAUUGAAAAUAGGGUCGUCUACUUUUUUACGUAGGACUACGUC